ACACACACACACACACAUUUCAAUCCAACAUAUAUGUAUAUGCACAUAAGUAAUUAAGGCUUAGUCAUGAACAUUUGUAUUAAUGCAGAGCCUAGAAAGCUAGAGAAAAUUGCAUAAUAGUAGAUGAAGAUUCAAAUUUUUUUUAUUUUUCUGUUUGUUGAUUAACUUUGUACUCUCUUUUUUCCCCAGAAUUAUUAUUGCUUUUGGUGAUGGAGCACGGGUCGUUCCAGGACCAAACAACAUCCACAUUUUCUUUGGCUGAUGAGGAUCAUACACUAGCAAAUUCAGUCAAAUUCACUCUCAAUCAAGAGUCAGUUUUUUGGAUGGUUUGGAGAUGGGAAAUAACACAAAGGCUGCAAUAAUGAGAAUUGGUUUGAGAGAAAUGAAGGUCUUUUCCAAGUUGUUGUUCUCAACUGUCAAGGAUAGCACCUUUUUCGAAAGCUGUGGUGUGGCUGACCUUAUAACAACUUGCUUAGGGGGAAGAAAUAGGAAAUGUGCGGAGGCUUUUGCUAGGAAUGGUGGGAAAAGGUCUUUUGAUGAGCUUGAAGAAGAGAUGUUGCAGGGCCAGAAAUUACAAGGUCUGGUUGUUCUUCAUUUGGGGGUUGGGGCAUUCUCUGAAAAUGGACCGCUUAGGCCGGGUGGGAAGGCACUGGUCAGGAAUGAAUAUAGCUGGAACAGAGACAAAGUGUUAGAUGCAGCUGAAGUUGCUGAAAAACAAGCCCUCUCUGCCACCUCUGCUGCCACAACCAGAAUGGUUUAUGAAAGGUAAAAGACUUAAUAGUGACUAAGACAUGGUUUUAUAUAAAUAACAGCAGAUAUUGGUGUACAUUCACAUUUCUGGUUACUUUACAAAAAUUGGGAAUAAAACACAAUUACCUUUCUAAGUUGUUAGAAUGAGAAUUUAAAAUGACUACAAAAUUGGGUAAUUGUGUAGUAGUUCCAGAGCACCAACUUAAAAUGUAACAAUUUUUCGACAAAAUUUGUCCCAUUGAAUCAAAUUUUCAUAAAAUCAAUUUGUCUAGUUUAUCAGCUCAAUUGUUUCUCUCUUUUUUCCCAGUACAACUUGUUCUAUAUGAAUUUUUCCAGUACUUUUUUCAUUUUUUUCUCCUAUUUUUCUCUCUAACUCCAUUUGAAUUUUCAUUGCCUGGCUUUCACCAUUGUUGAGCAAACAAGUUUGGAGAAAAUGCAGGGGAGGCAACAGAAGAUGUGCUUGCGACCGCCGGACACUAUGCUGGCACUGCUUGGAAUGUCUUAAAGAUUAUGAAAGCCAUCAAUCCAGCUUCAUCAGUGUCCUCUGGAGUACUAAAGAGCGUAAUCAAAGAUAGGAAAACUUAAAUCGUGUGUUGUCAAUUUAUGUAUCUAAAACAUAACAUGCUAAACAUUGUCUCUGAUGCAUCUAGCAAAAA